AUGCAAUUCCAAGGCGCAGCACAGCCGCAUCAGGGUGGUUUCCGUGGACCGCGACCGGAAAAGAACGAUUUCUAUGUUGGGCAGCCCGGCACUAAACCGCCGCACUUUAUGAACAAGCAAGGCCCACCCUCUAUUCCGCCGUUCAACGCGAACGCGUUCGGUGGACCCAAACCAAUGUAUCAGCAGAACGCAAUGAAUGGCGUUGGCCCGGGAGGGUUUAACAAGUUUGGUGGGGGUGGCCGUGCAUUCGGUGGCCAACCGGGAACCAUGCCAAAGAAGGACUUCGGUGGCCCGAAGAUGUAUGGACCCGGUGGCAGUAAGCCGUACGGCGAAGACAAGCCUUUCGACACGUUCGGCGGUCCGAAGAAGUAUCAGAACUCAAACCCAGGCAUGGGCAUGGGCAUGGGUUACGGUGGUGGCAUGGGAAGUCGCAAUGGAUUCGGUCCACGAUCAGAUUACAACGGUUUCAACAAGGAUGACCGUGCGAAGAUCCAGUCGUUGAAGGCAAAGUACCCGGGACAGAACCUGAUGAAGCCGAUGUGGGAAAACUUGGAACCGUUCCAGAAAGAUUUCUAUGUGCCGCACCCAAAUGUAAUGGCCAGAUCGUCGGAGGAAGUCCAGACAUUCCGCGAGCAGAUGCAAAUCACUGUGAUGGGCAACAACGUGCCGCAUCCGUGCCAGAACUUCGAGGAGGGUAACUUCCCGGAGUACGUGAUGACCGAGAUCAAGAAGCAGGGUUUCCCACGUCCGACUUCUAUCCAGUCGCAGGGUUGGCCAAUUGCGCUGAGUGGCCGCGAUAUGGUUGGUAUUGCGCAGACAGGUUCUGGCAAAACACUCGCUUACAUGCUGCCGGGAUUGGUGCACAUCUCGCACCAGAAGCCGCUGAGUCGUGGUGAAGGUCCGAUUGUGUUGGUACUAGCGCCUACUCGUGAACUCGCCCAGCAGAUCCAGACUGUGGUUCGAGACUUUGGCAACCAUUCGAAGCCCAACAUUCGCUACACGUGCGUGUUUGGAGGUGCCCUGAAAGGACCUCAGGUGCGUGAUUUGGAGCGUGGUGUGGAAGUGGUAAUUGCUACCCCUGGCCGUUUGAUUGAUUUCCUCGAGCGAGGCAUCACUAAUCUUCGCCGUUGCACGUACCUCGUCUUGGACGAAGCGGAUCGAAUGCUUGACAUGGGUUUCGAGCCACAGAUUCGAAAGAUUGUUGAGCAGAUUCGUCCGGACCGGCAGGUACUGAUGUGGUCUGCAACAUGGCCAAAGGAGGUGCAAACGCUGGCGGAAGAUUUCCUGCGCGACUACAUUCAGAUUAAUAUCGGAUCGCUAAGCUUGGCGGCAAACCACAACAUUCAUCAGAUUGUGGAUGUGUGCGAGGAGAACGAAAAGGAGGGAAAGCUGUUGAAGCUGCUGAAGGAAAUUGCCACCUCGGAUGCAACCAACAAGAUUAUCAUUUUCGUUGAGACGAAGAAGAAGGUGGACGAUUUGCUGAAAAACAUUGUGCGCGAUGGCUAUGGGGCGACGUCUAUUCACGGCGACAAGAGCCAGACCGAGCGUGACUACGUGCUGCAAGAUUUCCGGCAUGGCAAGAGCACCAUUCUGGUAGCGACAGAUGUCGCAGCACGUGGCCUCGACGUGGAAGACGUUAAGUACGUCAUCAACUUCGACUAUCCGAACUCAUCGGAGGACUAUAUCCAUCGUAUUGGGCGCACGGGACGCUGCUCGCAGUACGGUACUGCGUACACAUUCUUCACACCAAACAACGGACGUCAGGCACGGGAACUGCUGUCGGUGCUGGAAGAGGCCGGUCAGCAGCCAACGGUAGAGCUUAUCGAGAUGGCAAAAUCGGCACCGGGCGGUAAAGGCGGUAGGCUGCGUUAUUCGACGCGUGGCAGUUACGGUGGUGGAAGCAGCAUGAGCAGCUACCAGCGGCGACCACCGUUCAACGGUGGUGGUGGAUUCGGUGGCCCGCCGAAGUACGGCGGUAUGCAGAACGGUCCAAUGGGUAUGGGCAACAAGUUUGGUGGCAUGCCGAACAAAUACCGUGACGGAGGCAUGUACCGUAGCGAGAAUAACUGGAACAAGGGUCCGAACGGACCGGCAAUGAUGGGUGGCCCAGGAGGCUACCAAUCUCACUCGCCUCAAUCGCCGCAGGCUGCUGCGGUGGCUGCCGCUUCCGGUCAACAAAUGUACGAACCGCCGCAGGCACAAAUUCGUGCCUAUCACCCGAAGAACAUCUAUCCGGGACAGUUUGAUGACUACACCGCACUGUUUGCGGGUGGUGCUGCCGCAGCUGCUCCCGGUGGUGGUAUGCGCUACUACCAGAACAAGGCGCACCAGGGCGGUCCAGGUGGUAUGCAGCCGGGCUCUCAGCCUGGUGGUCGGUACAACCCGAACGGUGGCCAAUUCAACAUGGAUGGCACACCGAAACCGAACAACGGUCGUGGAACGUAUCCACCGAAACAGUACAACAACAGCUACGCUGCCGGACCGGCAAAUCCGAGCCACCAGUAUCCACAGUUAGCAGCGGCCGCUGCAGCUGCUGCUGCCGGGCAGACCAUGCCAACGGCAGCACCGGCCGGCUUUACCGGAUUCGAUCCGACCGGUGGAUUGCAGUAUCAGGCAUCGUACCCAAUAACGGCUGCCACCGCCACGUAUUAUCCAUAUCCGGCGGCAACCGCUCCACCGCCACCACCCCAGGCCCAGGCGGCCCCAGUUGUUCCACCAGUGCAGCAGUAA